AUGUAGUUAACAAAUUCAAUACAUUCAAUAUAAGAAAUAGAAUACUUGGAGAAUCAGGUUUAUCCAAAGUUGCAUACAGCUUUAGUGCAAUUGAUAGAUCAUGUAGUGAAGACAGAGGAGGUAAGAAAACACUAAGAAAGAUUAAAGAAAAUAAAGAUAUUUGAUAGAAUAGAAUAAAAGAGAGUAGAAAAAUAAAGGUUGAAAAAUGAAUUAGGAUCCGCAUAUGAAUCAUCAUCAGAGGGUUCUGUAGAAAAUGAUGAUUUUUAAGCUUUGAGUUAAUAGUAAAUAUAAAAUAAUGAUGAAUAAAUAUUUCCAUUAAACAAUGAAAUUUAAGGUCAAACAAUAAUAUCAAUAGAUGAUUUAAGUCCUUAGGAGAUGAAAAAAGAAAUAAAUCUAGCAUUAAAUUAGAUUCAAGAAGAUUAAGAGGAUGAGGAAGCACUUGAUAAAUAAGAAUUAUAAAAUUUGAAAUAACAGAUGAAAUAAUAAAGAGAAGCUUUAGAAUUUAAUCCAUUGAUUUAUUUAUCAAAUUUAUUAAGAGAAUUAGAGAAAUGA